CGCGCACAUUCGUUCAAGCAGCUGCCCGCCAUUUUGGAUUCUCACUUUAACAACAAACAAAAGGCAAUGUAAAGCUAAAGUUAAAAUUAAGGUUAUUAAAUGACAACACGUAAUUAAGUGACAUGUCGUGGACAAUCGAAAGUGACGUAAAACUCAUUAAUUUAGUUAAGAAAUAUGAUAUGUUUUACAAUCCUAAAAGCAGCGAUUAUAGAAAUGUAACGUUGAAAAGUGACGUGUGGAAAAGAAUUGGGAGUAUUCUGGACAAAACAGAUGAAGACUGCUGCAGAAGGUGGGGCUACGUGAGAGGUCACUACGUUAGAUGGAGAGGAAAACCUGCGCCAAAAAGAUUAAGUGAUGUUAUCAAAAAUGGCUUAAAACGAGCUAAGCUACUUACAUUCUUAGAUGAAUAUCGUGGGAAAUAUUAUACCAAUGACAGUAGUACUGAUCAGAGCGUCACCGAGCCUCCGUCAAGCGAAGUCAGCUAUGAAAAUUAUGAUGACCUUGAUGUUGACGAAGACGAUAUUGUUGAAGUCAAAACCGAAAACUAUGACAUUGUCGACCUAGAAGAUGACAAAUUUUAUAAAGAAACAGAAGAAAGGGAAAAUGCUGAGCCGAAAGCAAGUACAGAAAGUCCGAAUAAAGAUACUAAUUUGGACAGUUUUGAUGAGACGGACCAUUUUUUUGCAUCAAUGGCGAAAAUCGCAAAGAAACUACCCAGACGUGAUCAAGUUAUGUUGCGAAUGCAAAUAGCUACGAUGGUUGGGAACGCAGAGUUGAAGCAAAUGGAAAACGAUCACAAGUGAAUGUCUUUGACAAGUGACUGUGCAGUUUGUAACAAUGAAGAGGCAACAGUGGUGUAGCUAGACGUGAGUGAAGCGACUUUUUGGGCACGACUAAGCACUUAAAGGGGCCACGCGGAAGCCAACCCUUUUUAUAACUUUGGGAAUAAACUAUGAAAGAAAAGGGCCUCGUAGAUGUGACUUCGCCCUCAGCUAGUUCACACUACGCC